AUGGAUUAGGAUUUAAACAAUGCGAAGAAAUAUAUUGGCAAGAUUUACUCCUCGGAAGAUCCUGCCGUCAGCUUUAAUCUCAUUGAACAAAUCGGAAAAGGUUGCUUUUCUGGUGUGUUUCUUUGCUAAAAGGAAAAUACUGAAGAAUAGAGCUAGCAAGAUUAAGAGUCUUAGACUUUCGCAAUAAAAAUCAACUUUGACAACUAGAUUUUGACCGAGUAUAAAAGAGCAAUCGUGUUAAACGAAAUGAAAACUAUCAGAGAAGUUUAAGGACAUCCAAAUGUAAUCAAGUUAAUAAGCAUUAUUGAAAAAGGGUAUGUUGUCUUUGCUAAUAGUGACGAAAAAGUCUUAGCAGUUGCGAACAUAGUACUAGAAGUUCUUAGAGGAGGGGAGUUAUUUUAUCACAUAAAAAUGUGUCAAAAAUUUUCGAUCGAAACAAGUUUGGGUUAUUUUAAGUAACUUGUCACUGCAUUAUUGCACAUCAAUAAGUUAAAUCUUUGUCAUAGAGAUCUGAAGCCGUGGAAUAUUAUGGUAACAAAGGAUCUCUCUCAACUCAAGAUAAUUGACUUUGGCUAUGCUACACCUCUUAAUAUAGAGGAAUCUUUGGAUUAGAACAAUUAUCUCAAAGGUUUCUUAAGUGGGACCAAAAGCUACACAAGCCCAGAACUUUUCAAAAAAUAAAUUGACUCAAAGUUAGAUAAGGCUGAUGUGUUCUCCCUUGGAGUUGUUUUAUUCAAUUUGCUUACUGGAAAAUAUCCAUUUUACAAAGCAGUUAAUCCAUAGUAGGAUUAUGUUCUUGAACAAGACUAUUUAGAUUUUCUUGAAGAUCCAAGCUUGAAAUUAAAAGAAUAUGGAAUAUACUCAUCUGAUUACGAUUGCAUGAAAUUGAACUAGCUUUCUGAUUUAUUGAGAAAAAUGCUUCUUCAUGAUAUCACUGAGCGUAUUUCAUUCUAAGAAAUACUUUAGCAUGAUUGGGUUACAUCCACAAACUAUAAUUCAGAUGAUGAAAUUUCAUAAGAGCUUUUAAAGUUUUAUCAAAAUGAUAAACAAUCUAUUUAAUAAAAACAACCUACUUUGAUAUAAAAAUCAUUAUUGCCGUAUAGAGAGGAGCCACCAAGGUAAAAUAAAUUGGAAACUUAUCUACAUUUUAGUGAAUACUCGACUCAUAUCCAAACUUACUUAGAUAUGGAUUCUAUAAACAGAAGGCUAGAAGAUAUAGCAAAGCUUGUAAAUGGUUAGAUAAUUCCACAAGAAGCUGAUAAAUCUGAAUUCUACAUUGAAAAUACCACUGAGCUUCUCUAACUUUACUAGCCAUUAAGAAGUGGGCUUUAGUUCUAUGAGAGCAAGUAGAACAUCGUUAUCAAUAUGACCAGAAUUAAAGGUGACUACAUAAGCUUCAUGGAUUUCUUUACGAUUGUGUACAAUUACUUUAAGUGA